GCGAUGCGACCUCUUCCAUUCCCGAUCAAGUAAAUGAGUUUUUUAAUUAUUUAUUAUUUUAGUUCGGACAACGGUUCAGCUAUUAAUUGCAUUCACUUAAAUCGCGAUUUAUUACAUUCUUACGUAUAAAACGUAAAAAACGUUGUUAAAUGGACAUUUUAUAAAAGUGGCAAAGAACACGUAAACCGCUAUUUUAUAGUGUUUAAUUUAUUUAUAGGUAUGUAAGUAUUUACUUUGCUUUUUUUGUCACUCGUCAACUAAUACUUUUGUGUUUAAAUUACUAGUAAAUACUUUUACUCCAGUCUACCAGCAAAAGUGUUUUUGAUGUUGGAAGUGACAACAGAUCAGGCCACAAGUGUAUAAUUGGUUUUUUUCUUGUAGUUGGUAAAAGGAGUAGAAGCAAAGUGUUGUAAGAAAUGGACAUACGAAACUUUUUCUCAGUAUAUCAAAAAAAGAGGAAACUCAAUAACAUUAAUGAAAGUAAGACUAGUGUAGCAGAUCCGGCCGCAGUAUCCUCCAAUGAAUCCAGUGCCAGUGAAACAUUAAUUAAGAUGAUAUUAACAGGGGAAGGUCAAGCGGCAGUAGAUCAGACAGUAAACCCAGAUCAGACUGUAAUGUUGAACGAGGCGCUCGAUAAGGCGGAAGUAUCGGAACAAGCAGCAGAAUCAGAUCAGGACGCAAUAUCUGACCCUACGCAUCCAGUACCAGUUCUGAGAGAUCAUUUCCAUGAAAAUGAUAUAGGGCGGUGGGUUGGAAGAUCUUCACAAAUGACAACCGAAAACCAGAUGGAAAUGCUAAAGCGAUGCUGGGUACCUUCUGAUAAUUAUGCUUUUUCUGGCGAUGCCAUGCACUUAAAACGCAAAUUCAGUCAUACUUGGCUACAAAUGUAUAAGCCCUGGCUUGUUUAUUCGCAAAGAUUAAAAGGUGCAUUCUGUUUGUUUUGCGUUCUCUUUCCGCCGAAAGUUACACGCGGCGUGCAGGGAUCUCUUAUUAUCCGACCAUUUAUCAAAUAUAAGGAUAUACAUAUUUUCUGCAAAGCCCAUGUAGGUAGUCAAUGGCAUAAAGAGUCAAGUGAAUCUGCUCAAAAUUUUAGCAAUCCAAACACAAAUGUACUAGUUGCUAUGCACAGUGGCCAUGCAAAAGUUAUUGAAGAUAAUAAAAAUGUGUUAAGGCCUAUCAUCAAUACAAUUAUUUUUUGUGGAACACAUGAUUUGCCACUAAGAGGAAAAGAAAAAGAUGAAGGCGUUUUUCAAGAUCUGCUUAAACUAAAAAUUAGCUCUGGUGAUGAGGUCCUAAAAAAAUCAUUUGGAAAAAGGCCAUAAAAAUGCUCAGUAUACAUCUCCAAGGAUACAAAAUGAAAUCCUAAAUAUUUGUGGAGUCUUGAUUAGGGAAAAAUUAAUUACCGAAAUUAAAUCUGCUUAUGCCUACAGUAUUUUGGCUGAUGAAUCAGCUGACAUAUCAGGAAAAGAGCAGUUGUCAAUAGGGGUAAGAUUUUACGACAACAAAAAAAAAAUUGUGAGGGAAGAAUUUAUGGGAUUCAUCGAACUGGAAAAAAUGGAUGCCGAAACUAUAUCUGGUGAAAUUAAUAAAUUCAUUAAUAUAUUAAAUAUUGAUGUUAACAAAUUUGUGGGUCAAGGCUACGAUGGAUGUGCUACAAUGGCGGGAAAAGACGGUGGUGUCCAAAAAAUAUUAAGAGAAACAUACAAGAAGGGUCUAUAUUUUCACUGCGCCUCCCACAAACUAAACCUUGUUGUGAAUGAUCUGAACAAAGUUCCUGAGAUCCGUAACUGCAUUGGAACUGUCAAAGAUACUAUUAAUUUUUUCAGGGAAUCAGUUUUGCGUCGAAAAUAUGCACCAAAAAUUCCAUUGCUCUGCGAAACAAGGUGGUCCCAAAAAUAUAAAAGUAUUGCAUUAUUUAAGACACAUUUUAUCGAAAUUGUUAAAGGUUUAGAGCAGCUUUCUCAAGAAGGAAAUUCUGGUACUCGAACGGCAGCUUUCCAACUAUUAUCUGCGGUUGGUCAAACUUCAUUCAUAUUAUCCUUAUGUAUAAUAGACAAAUACAACUCCUUGCUUGAACCAGUGGCUAACAUUUUGCAGUCUAAAACUCUGGAUAUAAUUAAGUGUUCAGAUCACAUUAAAACAAUAAAAACUGCUGUUAUAGAACACAGACUUUCCGCGGAAGAAGGUAGUGAGGAACUUUUAAAAACAGCCAAUGAAAUAGCGGAAGCUUUAGAUAUACAGUUGCUUAUUCCCCGGACUAUUGGACGUCAAAUUUAUAGAGCAAAUCAUCCAGCUGCUUCAUUAAGUGAAUAUUUUCGCCGUUCGCUAUAUGUGCCCUAUUUGGACUCAUUACUAUCCUCAUUAGAAGCGCGGUUUAGCCAAGAUCAAUCGCCAGCGUUUGCCUUAUCUUUGUUACACCCUGCUCAGAUUACAAAAAUUGCAGCUGCAGAGUUAAAAAUUCGUAUGGAAGAAGUCUCCAAAUUUUAUGAAUUAGAAGGCAUUAUGUCAGAAGCUCAACUUUGGCAGAUCUAUUGAAAAAAAAUGCAAAAUGUGGAUCUUCAAACUUUGGAAGUAUCAGAUUUGAUUCACCACGCAGAAAAUUUUUAUCCAACGGUUGAAAGAGCCCUACAUAUGCUAUUAGCAAUGCCUUAUUCUACAGCUACCAUUGAAAGAACAUUUAGCACUCUUAGACGAGUAAAAACCUGGCUGAGAUCGACAAUGG